AUGGCGCUGGAGACCGUCCCCAAGGAUCUGCGGCAUCUCCGCGCCUGUCUGCUCUGUUCCCUCGUCAAGACCAUCGACCAGUUCGAGUACGAUGGCUGCGACAACUGUGAUGCCUACCUGCAGAUGAAGGGCAACCGGGAGAUGGUUUACGACUGCACCAGCUCCUCCUUCGACGGGAUCAUCGCCAUGAUGAGCCCUGAGGACAGCUGGGUCUCCAAGUGGCAGCGAAUCAGUAAUUUCAAGCCGGGUGUCUACGCAGUGUCUGUGACUGGCCGCCUGCCCCAAGGCAUCGUCCGAGAGCUGAAGAGCCGUGGUGUGGCUUACAAGUCCCGAGACACAGCUAUAAAAACCUAAGGGGCUCUUGUUCUGCCUGGAGGAUUCCCCGGUGCUGCGUUGGGAGAGGCAGCGGGCACGUGGGGCACUGCUCCAAAACCUUUUAGCUUUAGCAUGUGGGACAGCGAGCCUGGAUGCAGAGGGAGCCUGCUGGCUCGGCUCCUCCGGCUCCUCUGGACUCUGCUGUACCACAGUCUGCCCACACAGAC